AUGUUCUUAGCAUGGUUCGAGUUGAAUAAAAUCGAUGAGUUUGCAAGAACACUGACUUAUGCUCAGAUUCCUAUCUUCUAUAUCUUUGACAAGCGGUCUAAGAAGUUCAAGAAGCGGAAAAGAGGUUUCUGUUUAGGAAGAAUAAAUUAUGCUCCUUGGAAACAAGAAGCCGCUUAUUACUUGCGCAUAUUGUUGAACAUUGUCAGAGGGCCUACCAGUUAUGAUGACAUUAAGACCUAUGAGGGAGUUCUCUAUCCUGAAUACAAAGAUGCGUGUUUUGCUCGUGGAUUAUUAGAUGAUGAUCAGGAGUACAUUGAUGAUCUUGUAAGGAGAAGCUACGAAUGCUCUGCAAGUGAUCUACGAGAGGUGUUUGUUAUUAUGCUUAUGAGUAACACACUCUCUCAGCCAGAGGUUGUAUGGGGAAACACGUGGCAGUUUUUGUCUGAAGAUAUAGAGCAUAAUAGAAGAAAAUAUUUGAAUAGGCCAGGAUUAUUGUUGAGCGACGACGACAAAAAGAAGUAUGCUUUGCUAGAGAUUGAGAAGCUUUUGAGACGUAAUGGUACGUCUCUACCAAGAUUAACGAAGAAGCCAAAGCUGCCAAAGACAAGUGCUCAGGAUUUCAAUGUCCUGAUAGUGGAUGAGCGCAGUUAUUCUCGAGAAACAUUGUUAGAGACUCUUGAUAGAGAUAUUCCGAAACUGACAGAUGAGCAAAAGAAAAUUUAUGAUCAGAUCCUUGCUGCUGUGAAUGAAAGAAAUGGUGGAAUGUUUUUUGUUUAUGGAUUUGGUGGAACUGGGAAAACCUUUCUCUGGAAGUUACUUUCCACAGCUAUUAGAUGUAGAGGAGAUAUUGUUCUAAACGUUGCAUCAAGUGGCAUUGCUUCUUUAUUACUACCUGGUGGUAGGACUGCUCAUUCAAGGUUUGGUAUUCCGUUAAAUCCAGACGAUUUUUCAUCGUGUACUAUGGAGCCUGGAACUGAUCAAGCUAAUUUGGUCAAAGAAUCAUCACUUAUUAUAUGGGACGAAGCGCCGAUGAUGGGCAAACAUUGUUUUCAAGCUUUGGAUAGGAGCUUAUCUGAUAUAGUUGGGAAGCAUGCGAACCAGCCUUUUGGUGGAAAGGUUAUUGUCUUUGGGGGUGACUUUAGGCAGGUUCUUCCUGUUAUAAAUGGAGCUGGUAGGGCUGAGAUCGUCUUAGCUUCUCUGAAUUCGUCAUAUCUUUGGGAGCACUGUAAAGUGCUGAAGCUCACCAAGAACAUGCGUUUGUUAUCAGAUGAGCCUAAUGAUGGUGAAGCGGAGAUCGAUAUUCCACCAGAAAUUCUUAUUUCAGACUCCGAAGAUCCUAUAGAAGCAAUCAGCUCAGCCAUUUAUGGCGAUACUGCUUCUCUACAUGAAAAGAAAGAAGCCAAAUGUUUUCAAGAGAGAGCUAUCCUAUGUCCAACUAAUGAAGAUGUCAAUAUGAUUAAUGAGUACAUGUUGGAUCGGUUGGAUGGUGAUGAGAAAAUCUACUACAGUGCCGACAGUAUAGACCCAAGAGACAAGGGUUCAGUAAACAAUGAAGCACUAGGACCUGAUUUUCUUAACACUAUUAAGGUGUCUGGUUUACCGAAUCACAGGCUUAGACUGAAGAUUGGUUGUCCAGUUAUGGUUCUGCGAAACCGUCAGCCUUCUGCUGGGUUAAUGAACGGCACUAGACUACAGAUCACUCAACUCAUGGACUUUAUGGUUCAAGCUAGGAUUAUAACUGGAGAAAAGGUUGGAAAAUUAGUAUACAUUCCUAGAUUGUUGAUAACACCAUCAGAUACUCGACUGCCUUUUAAAAUGCGCAGAAGGCAAUUGCCUCUGGCAGUGGCUUUUGCUAUUACAAUAAACAAAAGCCAAGGACAAUCCCUUUUCGAGGUUGGUAUUUUUCUACCAAGACCUGUGUUUUCACAUGGACAACUCUACGAUGCUGUUUCUAGGGUCACUUCUAAAAAAGGAUUGAAAAUUCUCGCUGUCGACAAAGAUGGUAAACCUCAAAAGAAAACUACAAAUGUUGUCUUCAAAGAAGUUUUUGCUAACCUGGAAUAG